ACGCUCACUGUUGGUGGUUAAUGAAUGUCUUCUUCUUUGGGUUUAUGUAAAGCAGCCAACAGCAUUGCAUCAGCUGUACAUAAAGUUCAUUUGAAUGUCUUACAGAGCUCUCAGCCAUUUUAUACAAGACCAUCUGUCCUUUUGCAUAUACAUAAUUCAAAUGUUUCCAGUUUUUUCUCUUACAUUCUGGGUUUCAUUUCUUUUGAGUGUUUUCAGUAUGCCAGUUCACUCUGAAAUGCAUGUAAGAUUCCUUCUGUGAUGUAUUAUUUUGACCAAGGCCACGUUUACUAAAAGGCAUAGGAACUAUAUUUUCUUUAUUUUUUUUUUCAGAGAAAUCCUAUUUUUGCUGAUAUGCAAAAAACAACUAGAAUAAAUGUCAAAAGCAUGCUACAAAAGAAAUUAGCUGCUAAUGCCAGUUUAAGAUUUAAUGGAGAGUGAAUGCAGAUAUAUAUUCUUCAUUAUAACUGGAUUUAUAAUAUCAAUAUAGUUUAAGGUAAUGUGAGUUAGUCUCAGCACUUUGGCAACAAACAAAUAAAACAUCAUUUUGUAAACCUGAAAUAAUUACAGAACUUGUUCAAAAUCUUUAAAACAUCUCGUUCUGUUUUAAUUAACAGGAAAAAUAUUUUGUAUGUCAAUUAGUGGGGGAAAGCACCCCUAAUCUUCCAACGUAACAGUUAAAUAUUGAUGGGCACAAAUCGUAAUGACAGCAGCGCCAUCCUGUGGUUUGAAAUCAAAGUUCUAGUUAAUAUUGUGUUGCAGUUUUCACAAAGAUGUUCAAUAAAACGAUGAACUAAAUGAAAAGAUACAUCAUAUUGCAGAUUCAAGACAUUUUGUGUUUCACAAUUAUAUAAAAAACUCAACCUGUAAAAACUGACUGUAUAAAAAUACUUUCUGGUUUUGAAUAUGAUGGAGAUGAAAUCUACAGGCAGUUAAUUAUGAUGCCCUACACUGAGACUCUCAAGAGGAAAAAAAACGUCAGAAAGCUCAAUGUCAAAAUAAAUUGGCAUGAUUUUAAUGAAAAAACCUAAAUUUAACUCAUCAUGGUUUACUUUUACAAGUAAAUCAAAAGAGACAGAUCUAGUUUCAGAUAAAUGAAGUUGACUUUUUUUAUAGUGUCAGACUGAAGAAAUAAAGAACUAAACAGAAGGGAAGUUAGGGUUAGGGUUAGGGUGACAAAGAUAUCUCAUUAUUACUAGAUGACCAUGAAUGCACCGCGCGAAUCGACGGUCCUCUCAUCCUUAAAUGUCUCCCGUCCAAUCAGCGCGCAGACUCGGAUUUCUGGCUGCUGAUUGGACGAAAAGAAGGGAAAUGCGACGUCCAGAGAGAAAAGACCGAGGACUUUUGGAGCCGACCCACUGAUGCGGUUUAUAUUAAUUAAGUGUUUUCGUUUUGACUCGUUGCGGGGUGUUCCCUGUCCGGUUUGGACACGCUAAAGUUCUUGUUAGCUUUUCUUUGUCUUAUUUUGAAGGUUCUGUUUGUUUAGUUUCAUCGUUUGGUUACGUUGGCCCGAGAAUGUAGCUCCGGUUUGCUAGGCUAUACAUUUUGACAAAAGGUGUUGUCCUGUGAACAAUGCACAAACGAUGUCUGAUGUUGAGGCCACGUAUGCAGAUUUCAUCGCCUCUGGGAGGACGGGGCGUAGGAACGCCAUGCACGACAUCCUGCAGAGUCCCAUUGACCCCGAGGGGCGAGAGCUGCCCCUCAGCCUGUCUCUGUCCCGGCUGCACAUCAACACCGGAGGAGGAGAUGGAGACGAUGCGGAGGACAACCAGGGAUCCUACGCCUCUGGCCGGCGGGAGGCGGAGCAAAGGAACAGCUGAACUUCAGCAGGCUGCAGGAUGGAUUGCAGGCACCGUGAUGAUAAACUUGCUGGCUCAUUGAACCAUCGCUGCUCAUGUGACUUUUAGAAGCGGAGCGUUGACUCUUCAAACCCACUGUGAAGAUGCAGCCAUGUGGACUAGAACCAGUCAGAGUACACAAAGGGACGGUUUUGUGGUUCUUUUCAAACUGAUUUUGCUUUCAGGUUUUUAUCAAACACAACGGUUGAAUGAGGUAAGUGAAAGAGGAUUUAGGGGGUUCUCCGGUGUGAGUUUUCAGUAGUUGAAACAUUUAGUAGGACCUCUGAGACAUGCUGAUAUGACUCUCAGUGGGAGUAGACUGAUGUUGGAGGUAGUGAUGCUGUGUUGCCUGUUAAAGGCUUUUACUUCCUUUUAACCGAGUGAUCAAGACUCUGCUGCACACUAGAUUAGAAAGACUAUAGGAGUUGGAUUUAUUGUGUGUGUGUGUGUGUGUGGGGGGGGGGGGGGGUGCAGGAUGUUCCAGCGGGGUAGCGCGAAGGGUGGGGAACCCUGGGUGUAACAGUCUUCCUCUGAGAACAACUAAACAAAUUGCACUGUUCUGAUUGUCUAUUAAUGCUAAUAUCAUCACAGCCUUAGGAGGAGUUUGACAGGUCUGGAAAUGCAAAUGUUCCACUUCCUGCUGAGAGUUAGAGGAGAGAACGUCUCUGUUUAUGUGGCUGAGAUCAGCUGAAGGAUUACUUUGACAUAAAGAACCAGUGAGAAUCAAGCUUUUCUGUCUCUUAAAGAGCAAGUCACCCCCAAAUAAACUUUUUUUUGCUGAUGAACUAAAUAAACGAGUGUCUAAUCGUGCUGCAGACACGUGUCGUCAAUAAUUUGGCACUUCAGUGCAUCUUGGUUAAAAUUUAAAUAUUCUGCCUAAAACUGGCAGCGUUGUGCCGUUGUCAGGUAAAAACUCUGCACUGCAUUCUAAUUUAAAUCUACCACCGCUAUUGGCUAAGAGGUAUGCUAUGAUGUAAACUGGUACAUUAUGAUGUCACAAUGCUGUCGUGAGCCUGUGUGUGUGUAUUUGUUAGCGGCUCCGCCCUCUCGGUCUGCCAGGCAACAGCAUUUGUUGCAUUUUUCAAACAUGAAGUGGGAGUGGAGUUAGACUCUGGUAGGGGUUGACUUGCUCUUUAAAGAAACAAAAUUUAAAAAAGUAAAUUCUAAAGCUCAUGAAUCAAAAAACUAUAUCCAGUUUCCACAGAAACACAAACAUGAGUACUUGAGCACAUGAGACUAGACUUUAGGCAUGAUUACUACAGCUGGUAAAGGAUUUCCUCUUCUUUGGUUUGCCCACUCCCAAAAUGGGCGUGGCUAUUUGAAAGAGUCGCCCCCUACUGGUGUUUAGAAAGGCCGUGCGUUCAGGUCCGUGUCACGAUUUUGCUUCGGUCGCAUUAUAUAGAUGCCUAUAAAUGAAAUGUCACAUGUACAUUUUGUGUUGCCACGGAUACGGCUGUAAAACUGCUGCACAGUGAAAGUUUUGUUUAAAACUUGUUUCUCUUCAUUUCCUUCUUCUAAAUCUUGAAAUUUUGGAGAAAAAGAAUUUCACAUGUCUGAAGACACACAGACAAAUAUAGGUCACAAUGGUUCAUUUAAGGUAGAAAUAUCUUGUGGCUCCACUCUGACCUUUGAAUUCAGCCUGUUUUAUUUUCAGCACAAGUGACUACGUUUACCGUCAGCCCUACCAUUCAGUUGAUGACGUCUGGACUGUCCUUCGGUUUAUCUGAAACGGUUUCCACUUGCUUCCUGGUCAAAGAGCAACAGGGCAGUUUUUUUAUUCUUUCACAGGACCGAUACUGAUUUAUGAUCGGCUGUAAAGUCUCAAAUCUCAGCUGAUUAGCUGCUGCCUGCGGCUACAUACUGAGCUCCAGAGUUGUGUUUUCUCUAACUCUCAACAGUAAACGUAUCGCCGUAUAAAUGAAACACAUUCCUGCUAACAUAACCUAAUGUACAGAUCACUUUGCAUGUAUGUUCCGUCUGGUUUUAUACUGUUUUUGAUGCCUACUGUAACAUUGCACCUUAAAGGGAUAUUAUUACUUUAAAAAGUGUUUCUGUUUAAACAAUAUGAAGAAAGAUGGCUUCCUGAACAGCCUUUGUUUGGAGAAAUAGUGUAGAUGCCCAACAGGACUCAUAAAUAGGACCUGGCUAAUCUAAAUCUAUCAUUUUUGCAUUAUGUGGUUAUUUUGGCAGAAAUAGUGAAGACCAAGUUCACUUAGGAAUAAUUUUUACUUGCUAUUUUUUAAAAUCUGAUCUGAGUUUAACGUGCAGGCUAAAUGCGGAAACGAUCUUCUACUCCUAAUUCAUGCGUUUGCCACUGAUAGAAAAUAGACAUGGAAGCACUCGGAUUAGAAAAGCCAGACAGAUAAAUGUCUCAUGGAAUACUAGCAUUCAUGGGCUCGCCCGUCUUGGCUCAUGACAAGUAAGGCUGUUGUUGGUUUAGCAUCCAGGAGAGCGCAGAGCAAUCCUCAGCUAGUAGAAGCUAACUGUUAGCAUUAGCAACUCUACAACGUGACAGAACUCCUUCAGGCUUGUGUUCUUUGUGAAGAUAAAACAUCAACGCUGCAAAUCAAACCAAGUCAAUGGUAGAGUCACAUUUCUGUUAGCCAAUCAGAGGCUAUAUGUCCAAAUAUCAGGAAAUAAGACUCCAAAUCCUGCCAUCAUUUGCUACCCUCUUGCCUGGCAAACUUCUUGCUCCUGAAACAGGAGCACCAGAGCUCUUUUCCCAUAGAGAGCGACUCAUAAGGCGUUAAUUUAUAGACCACUGCAAAUGUGUUGAAAAAAAAUGAACGACCUUGGUUUUUUGGAAAUAUUUGCCAGAUUUAAUUACUAAAAGCCCAAAAGUGCUACAUGCCGUUAUUUUUACAUGAAAAAACAAGUAAUUCCUCAUAUUUUUAAUUAUUGGCAUUGUAAAGGUUUUCUAAAUGAAAUUAUAAAAUCUUGGAACAGUUUUAAGGCAGUAGCAGGUUGUGUGUGCUGAUUAGCUGUUUGUUCAUUGAUUUGGUCAAAUGUAUCUAUUUCUCUGCACUUAGGCUGUUCAUGAAGUUAUGAAGUAAAACACUUUAAAACCAACAAAACUGUCACUUUACCGUUACUUAUUUAGACUACUGCUCACAUAGGGACACAAGUGUGGUUCUUGUUUAGUGAUGUACAGCUUGAUGAUGGUUCGGUGAACUCGGUCUGAUGUCAACAAGUCUGUGAAAAUUCAGCUCAUCACCCCCAGCAUGUACAGCACUUGUCUUGAAUCUGCAACAUUUUGUCUGACUCUGUAACUAUUUUUAUACCGCUGGUGUCAAAUAAAGAAAACAGAAUAAAAUUUAAGUACCCCCUA